AAGCCAUUCUGUCUGCAGCAGGACCAGACGUCCAGAAGGCGUUAGCUCAAGCUGGGAUGCCUACAGACCUCAUGUGCUCCACAGGACCCGGCUUGCUUGGAUGUAAAGAAAUUAUCCACGCUAGUUUUAAAAAUGAUACUGAGCUGAUUCGAAAGAAAUGCCAGAAAAUUCUUCAGGAUUGUGACACAAAAGGCUAUACCUCAGUGGCCUUCCCAGCUGUUAACACAGGAGAGGCCGGCAUGGAUCCCGCUAAAGCUUGCAGGGCUAUGCUGGAUGGUAUAGCUGCAGCUCUCCAGCACCAGAAACCCAACUCACUUGUGUUGGUUUGUAUCGUCAUCAUACAGAAAGAAAUCUUUGAGGCUUUCAGGUCAGAGCUACAGAAACGCUCAAAGUCCUUAAGCGCUUCAGAACCAAAGUUCCUUCUGUCCCCGGAGCUUCACCCUGUGGCGUUGGGCGUGAUUACCCUGGGAUCAGAUGUCAUCAAGAACAUCAAAACCGACUUGGAAGCGACCUUACAGAAGAAUCUGUUUGAGAGCAAAGUGGUUGUGCAGAAUUUGUCCUGGCUUGGAGACACGGAGCUGUAUGCAGUUAGAACAAAAAUGGCCUUAUACGGACUUAGUGUUGAGCUGCGAAAAAAUCAAAGAUUACAGACGACUGGAGACAGAUCUCAGAAGUCAGAUGAGCAGGUCUAUGUGCUGAAAGGCCUCAAAGAAGAUGUUCUGUGUGUCACUGAUGUGAUUAAUAAAGCAGUCCAACAAGCUCUCCAUCAGAAACUCCAGGAGAAAGAGGAAUAUGAGGUUUCCCUAAAUGUCCAGUGGUCAAUCAAGAAUUUGAAAGGUGUCUGGGAGGACUUGAGUGAGUCAAACAACUACAAACUGAAGAAGGCUCACCAGAACAGAGAAGACUCUGUGGAAAUUUCUGUUCUUCAUAGGAAACUGAUGGUCAACAUGACAAAAAAGGAGGCCACUGACUGGCAGACUGGAUUCACAUUCCAACUGAAAAGAUUUUUGGCCGAUGCAAAGCCAGAGAGAAGGAUUGUGGUCUUGGGGAAAACUGGAGCUGGAAAGAGCAGCCUUGCAAACAACAUCUUUGAGGAGAAGCUGUUUGAAGUCAAUCAUACUGCAGAUUCUGGAACAAGUAAAUGUAAAGCAAAGUCUCUGAAUCAAAGAAGGAUCAUAUUUGUGAACACUCCAGGCUUCUUUGACACUGGUAGUUCUGAAGAGGAGAUGAAGCGUGAGAUUGUCAGGUGCAUCACUGAGUGUGCUCCUGGUCCUCACGUGUUCCUCAUCGUUCUCAAAGUGGAGAAGUACACAGACCAGGGGAAGGAUGUUGUGAAGAAAAUCACCCAAUACUUCUCAGAAGAUGCUUUAAAGUUCACAGUGGUGCUCUUCACUCAUGGUGACCAGCUGCCUGAAGAAACUACAAUCGAGGAGUUCGUCAAGAAAAGUGAAGACCUGAAUCAUCUGGUGGACAAAUGUUCCGGCCGCUGCCACGUCGUUGAUAACAAGUACUGGAAUAAUGUCCACCAAGAAGAAUACAGGAGCAACAGUUUCCAAAUAAAGGAGCUCUUUAACACCAUUGACAAGAUUGUUGAGGCAAACAACGGAGGCUACUAUACCAGUGAAAUGCUUCAAGCAGUGAAGGAAAAAAUAGAUAAAGAGGAGGCAAACCUUUCAGCAGAUGAAAGCUCACAAAAGGCUAAAGAAGUUGUGGUUGAAAAGAUGUUAAAGGAAACUUCAGCAGUUAGCUUAACAACACUACUGGGGACGAUUUGGGGUCGAGUAGCAAAGUUGUGAGAGAUGUGGAAC